GGAAGCUGAGAACAACCCAGCGCUGAUUUUUUGUUUUGUCAUUUAAUUUGCCUAGUCGACCGAGUCCUGGAGCGCUCACACACUGUCUAGGCCUUUUCCCCUCCCCUAGACGAAAUUCUCCAGACAGCAUCACUUUUAAAUUAACGGUAAUCCACGCAGGGCAGAGCUAAACUGCCGGUCUUUAAACACACACUGCGUCGUCAGGCUGCUUGACUUGGCCCGGAUAGGUGGUACUUGGUGGACCCUCAUACUCCUUCCAGUAGAGACACUACUGUCUUGUAGACAGGAUAGACUUAUGACGGGAGCGCGUCCGGCUGUUCCCUGCGGGGAUUCUGGGAUGGCUGCAGCCUCGGAUGCCUUGGUUAUCAGCAAGGCCAAGAUCUGCUCCAGUGUCCUGCAGGAUGUCAAGGGAGGGCGCUACGAGUUCCCCGGUAAAAAGAGGCUUUGCCUGCCCAUUCCGCUCGGGAAGGAGCACAAGAAAGCGCGCAAAAGUGUCCCCGUUGGGGACUUUUGGAGUCGAGUUGAUUCUCGAAAUAUUCCCAUUGACGGGAUGCUCAAAGAGUAUAUCGAAUCUGCCCCGCUCUCCAUCCAAAAGGCUGAGCGGAAGCCCACCAAACAAGAGAGGAUUGUCGAAAAAAUGCACAGUCUUACAGAGGCAGAGUUGGAAUCCAUUUAUCCAAACUAUGGCAUCAUCACCACCUGCGUUGCCGAUUAUUCGUACAAGACCACGCCCUUUGGUGACGUCUAUUACUCACCGAGGUUUCAAGAUGAAAAGUAUAUCUAUCGCUAUGUCAUACUCACCAGAGGUGUCAAGACCGAAGCCUAUCGCAUACUCAAAAACUGCGGGACAUUUCUACUCACCGAACAACAAAUUAUACGCGAACUCGCAAUCGAUUUGUCACCCGGAUGGGAGCAUUUUAUGCUCUUUCGGAAUAAGCUAGAUGAGUUGAUACUCCGAAGGAGGAUCGGAACU